UCGCAAGCUGACUAAAUUAUUUACUAACCGUGAGACUGCUGUGAAUCUGUUGGUGCGCGUUAAACGUAUUUUCACAUUUUGUCCACUUUGACAAUGUCAGAGGGCGGUGAAAACGGUAACGAGGCGCUGGCCGGGGCGGCGCAGGAGGACGUUGAUGCGGAACCAGAGAGAGAGGCCAUCAUAGCGAUGGCCCAAGCUGUGGAAAUUGCAUACGAAAGCGACGAUGAUAAUGAUGAUGAGGCAGCCGCAGAAGAGGCAGGAGCAGAGGAGGAUGCCAUGAGCUGUGGUGAUGCGGAAGCCGCUGAGAAAAACGAGAGCGACAGCAGCCCCGCCGCCGACGAUGCCUUUGGCAAUCAAGAAGAAGACACAGCCGCCGAUAGGCGCUCGUCCACCAAGAAAGAGCUGACGCAAAUCAUCGACCGCUGGGAGCAGCAGCAGACUCAAAGUGGCUACGAUCCCGUGCCCACUCUGAAGAGUCUGGCGGAGAUUUUUGAGCGCGAAAAGGACGCCUACAUGCGCAAGGAUCCGGAUCCCUUGGACUCGAGGCAUCCAUAUCGCGCCGAUCCCAGCUGCCAGUAUGGGCUGCUCCUCAAGUUGCUCUUCCGCAAAGAUGUGUUCAUGGGGAAGUUGCUAAACGACUAUCUGCGCGAGAACUACUUCAGUCGCCAGACCAUCAGUCGCAGCUCCCUGGAGCUGAACAUCCUGGCGUGCCGCCUCAUCCUGGAGAUUAUGCCAGGUCUGGAGACAACUGCCGUCUUCCAGAUAGCCAACGACGAUGGCACCAUCAAUCGCAUCUACAGCUGGGCGGACGACAGCAUCGAGCCGCUCCAGAGCUAUGCCACCGGACUUCUUGCCGAGGCCAUGGAGGUCAGCGACACUGCGAUCAACUAUCGCGAUCAGAACAUGCGCCUGGUACCCAAGAUGAUCAAGCGCCUGCACAUGCUUCUAGCCAUAAGCAAAAGCGCCUCAGCGGACCACCCAUCGGCGCUAAACUAUUCAGCCGACAGCAGCGCCUCUGGUGGACUGCUCUGUUGGAUGGCCUGCGGCAACGGAGCGUCGGCUCCGCAGUCGCCACAGCACAACGGAAGCGGCAUUGCGAGUUCAAACCAUGGCGAUGCCUCCAACAUGUCGAUUCUCUUCGAGAACAGCCGCGAUGCUUUCUACAAGUCGCGCUACUACAAGCGGAUGUACAUACCGCUGCACCCGCCAACGGCCGAUGCCAGCCAAAAACUGAUCAUGCGCUUCCUCACCAGCCUCGGCGAGUAUCAGGAGUUCCUGGCCAUGGCCUUCGAGAACGUGAUGCAGCUGAUAUUCGGCUAUCUGGAGAACCUGGAUCGCCGCGACACUUGCCUCGCUUACGAGGUGCUCAAGUACUUGGCCUCCUUGCUUUGCCACAAGAAAUUCGCUCUGGAGUUUAUAUCCCACGGCGGCCUGGAGCUGAUGCUGAAAGUACCGCGCCCUAGUCUGGCCACCACGGGCGUGUCCAUUGCCAUUUACUAUCUGGCGUACUGCGAGGAUGCCAUGGAGCGGAUAUGCAGCAUGCAGCGUCCCCUCAUCUCGGAGCUGGUGCGCUACGCGUUGUGGAUAUUGGGUCGCUGCCACGACUCCUCCAAGUGCCAUGCCACCAUGUUCUUCAGCCUGAGCUUCCAGUUCAAGGUGAUUCUGGACGAGUUCGAUGCCCACGAUGGUCUCCGUAAACUCUACAAUGUUGUAAGUGACACUUUGAACGAACUCCUAAAUGGAGGCAGAUUGAGCUAUUCUGUUGUGAUAUUCCAGAAUGACAGCGACAACGAUUCGGAUAUCAACGAUGAUGUGGAGUGCGCCUCCCGCCAGAUGGUGCGUCACGUGUGCGUGGCCCUCAAGCGCUAUAUGGAGGCGCAUUUCUUCUUCAAGUACAACAGCUUCCUCUCGCAGCACUAUGCGACCUCCACCUCUCCCUCGUCGGCGCACUACUUCAACCAGAACCCCACUGUGGCGGCCAAACUCACCUUCGACCAGUUGCACGAGCAGAUUCGCACACUCCAGGAGCACACAUCGAUCCGCGGCCACUGGCAGCCCGUGGACCAGCUGAUGAAGCUGGGCGGCAUCUCAAUGCUGCUGCGAAUCAUAUCCUUCAGCUACGACUGGUUGAACAGCGGCCGCUCGGAGACGGUUCGGUCCGCAUUGGAUGCGCUAAGCGUGUGCUGUGUGAUUCCCCGUGUCUAUGUGGUGCUGUGCGAGCGCAUACAGAUGCUGGACAAGACGACCACCUCGGGCUUCUGCUCUGUGCUGGGAGCGGCAGCCGGAGAAAUCACCUCCGACGCCGAGGUGCUGAAGUCGGCUAUGGCCGUGCUCUGCCACUGCGUCUGCUCGCCGAUCAUACGCAAGGACAGCGGCAGUAGCCUGAUCAACUGA